CCGUGUCCCCAGGGAAUGGCGAAGAACGGGGCCGAGGCCGAGAUCGAUGAGGGGCUCUACUCCCGCCAGCUGUACGUGCUGGGCCACGAGGCCAUGAAGCGCAUGCAGACGUCCAACGUGCUGGUGUCGGGGCUGCGGGGGCUCGGCGUGGAGGUGGCCAAGAACCUGGUGCUGGGGGGGGUCAAAUCUGUCACCCUGCAUGACCCCCACCCCGCCACCUGGACCGACCUGGCCUCCCAGUUUUACCUGCGGGAGGAGGACGUGGGGCARAGCCGCGCCGAGGCCACGCUGCCGCGCCUGGCCGAGCUCAACUCCUACGUGGCCGUGACCAGCACAAGGGAGCCGCUGUCCCAGGAGCUGCUGGCCACCUUCCAGGUGGUGGUCCUGACCAACUCCCCGCUGGAGGAGCAGCUCUGGGUCGGCGAUUUCUGCCACAGCCACGGCAUCAAACUGGUGGUGGCUGACACACGCGGGCUCUUCGGUCCUGAAGGGCCCUACACGUUCAGCAUCGGGGACACGAGCGGCUACGGGGACUACGUGCGGGGGGGCAUCGUCACCCAGGUCAAGAUGCCCAAGCACAUCCACUUYAAACGGUUGCGGGACGCGCUGGCCGAGCCGGAGAUGAUGGUGACGGAUUUCGGGAAGGCCGAGAGACCCUCGAUGAUGCACUGGGCGUGGCAGGGGCUGCACCGCUUCAUGCACCAGCACGGCCGCGCCCCACGGCCCCGUCACCAGGGUGACGCGGCCGAGGUGGUGGCCUUGACCAAGGAAGUGGCUGCGGGGGCGGAGCUGGACGAGGAGCUGGUGCGGGAAUUGGCCUUCCAGGCCACCGGCGACCUGGCACCGGUCAACGCCUUCAUCGGCGGCCUGGCCGCGCAGGAGGUCAUGAAGGCCGUGUCCGGGAAGUUCACGCCCAUCACGCAGUGGCUCUACUUUGACGCUCUCGAGUGCCUGCCCGAGGAGAACCGCGACUCUCUGCUCACCGAGGAGCAGUGCCGGCCGCGCAACAGCCGCUACGACGGGCAGAUCGCCGUGUUCGGGGUGGAGCUGCAGGCCAAGCUGGGCGCCCAGAAGUAUUUCGUGGUGGGGGCGGGCGCCAUCGGCUGCGAGCUGCUCAAGAACUUYGCCAUGGUGGGGCUGGGCUGCGGCCCCGAGGGCAGCAUCACCGUCACCGACAUGGACACCAUCGAGAAGUCCAACCUCAACCGCCAGUUCCUCUUUCGGCCAUGGGAUGUCACGAAGCUGAAGUCGGAGCGGGCRGCGGCGGCGGCGCGGGAGAUGAACCCGGCGCUGCGCGUGAGCAGCCGCACCGACCGCGUGGGCCCCGACACCGAGCGCGUCUACGACGACGACUUCUUCGAGGGGCUGGACGGYGUGGCCAACGCCCUGGACAACGUGGACGCCCGGCUGUACAUGGACCGCCGCUGCGUUUAUUACCGGAAGCCGCUGCUGGAGUCGGGCACUCUGGGCACCAAGGGCAACGUGCAGGUGGUGAUCCCGUUCCUGAGCGAAUCCUACAGCUCCAGCCAGGACCCCCCCGAGAAGGCCAUCCCCAUCUGCACCCUCAAGAACUUCCCCAACGCCAUCGAGCACACGCUGCAGUGGGCGCGUGAUGAGUUCGAGGGGCUCUUCAAGCAGCCAGCAGAGAACGUGAACCAGUACCUGAUGGACCCCAAAUUCCUGGAGAGGACCCUGCGCCUGGCRGGGACGCAGCCCCUGGAGGUGCUCGAGGCCGUCCAGCGCAGCCUCGUGAGUGACCGGCCCCGGGCGUGGCCGGACUGCGUGGCCUGGGCCUGCCGCCACUGGCACCGCCAGUACAGCAACAACAUCCGCCAGCUGCUGCACAACUUCCCCCCGGGCCAGAAAACCAACUCGGGGACCCUGUUCUGGUCGGGGCCCAAGCGCUGCCCCCACCCCCUCGUCUUCGACCCCGACAAUCCCCUGCACCUGGAUUACGUGGUGGCGGCCGCCAACCUGUUCGCGCAGAGCUACGGCAUCGCGGGCUCGCGGGACCGGGCGGCGGUGGCCGAGCUGGUGCGCCACGUGCGCGUGCCCCCCUUCGCCCCCAAGGCCGGCGUGCGCAUCCACGUGUCCGACCAGGAGCUGCAGAGCGCCAACGCCGCCCUGGACGACGGGCGCCUGGAGGAGCUGAAGGCGUCGCUGCCCAGCCCCGAGGAGCUGCCCGGCUUCCGCAUGUUCCCCAUCGACUUCGAGAAGGACGAUGACACCAACUUCCACAUGGAUUUCAUCGUCGCCGCCUCCAACCUGCGGGCAGAGAACUACGACAUCCCGCCGGCCGAUCGUCACAAGAGCAAACUGAUCGCGGGGAAGAUCAUCCCAGCCAUCGCCACCACCACGGCAGCUGUGGUGGGCCUGGCCUGCCUGGAGCUCUACAAGCUGGUGCAGGGCCACCGGCGCCUGGCGUCCUACAAAAACGCCUUCCUCAACCUGGCGCUGCCCUUCGUGGGCUUCUCCGAGCCCCUCGCCUGCCCCCGCAACAAGCUGAAGCCCCCAUGGGUGCCGAUGUCCCCAAGGCUGUGGGGUCCUGUGGGUGCCUCGCUGACCCUCCCGUGUCCCCUCCCACAGAAGGAGCACCGGCUGGAGAUCACGAUGCUGUCACAGGGCGUGUCCAUGCUCUACUCRUUCUUCAUGCCAGCGGCCAAGCUGCGCGAGCGCCACGACCAACCGAUGACAGAGAUUGUCACAAGGGUGUCCAAGAAGAAGCUGGGCCGCCACGUCAAGGCGCUGGUGUUCGAGCUCUGCUGCAACGACGACAGCGACGCCGACAUCGAGGUGCCCUACGUGCGCUACACCAUCCGCUAGGGGGCGCCACGCCCCGGCCACGCCCUCUCCGCAGGCCCCGCCCCCCGCACGGGCCACGCCCCCGUCACACCCGCCCCCUCCCCCAUAGUCGUUGUUGUGUCGGCCCCGCCCCCGGGUGGGGGUGGGGUCUGGGGGCGGGGCGAGGGUCCCGCCCAAUAAACAUAGACCUUGGCAAAGGGA